CAACUUUGAUUCAUUUGAUCAAAACAGAAAGGAAACUCGCUAAAAAAGUGUUAAUAUAGAAGAAAAAUACAACAGCAACACUAAAACAACUCUUGAGAGCAAAAAGAAAUGUAAGUUUUAUUAAUUUAUAGACACUGUUUUGUUACAUUAAGCACAGAAGUUCGUAAAUGGCCGCCCAAAACAGGCCGUCGAAAAUCUCCCAGUUCUGAGAACUGGCCGUCCUUUGGACGGCCGCCUGACUAAAACCCUGUUUGGACGCACGGAUGUGCUAGCAAACUCUACUGGAAAAAGUCUACGUUGGAUAUUAAAACCUGUCAUUUCAUGGAGCUGCUUUAAAGUUUGGGCCAGUGAGUUUAUCGAAGUGCCGAAAAGCGUAUCUUUUCAUACAGUACCUGAGGAGUAGGUUUAAAAUUUCACAGGUUUUGACACUUUGCAAAUUUGUUCAGUAAAUGUACUGUUGUCUUAUUUGGCUGCUGUAAUUUGUUAAAUUCCAGACAGCUUUCUUUCAUAAAUCAAGUGUUCUGUAUAAAAAAGCUACAAAGAGCAGGUUAAGCUAACAAUAUUUCGUGAUCAAAGGCCGAGUUGUAUUUUUAGCAAUUGUUGAUAUCUCGUCAGCGAAAGUUGCCGCUAGAACGUGUAAACGAUAACAAAUGCACUUGUUUGGCCGCUGUAAUUUGUUACAUUCAAGACAGCUUUCCUUCAUAAAUCAAGUAAUGACAGAGAAAGCUACAAAGAGCAAAUUAAGCUAACAAUAUUUCGUGAUCGAACGCCGAGUUGUAUUUUUACCGAUGUUGUUGAUAUCUUGUCGGCAAAAGUUGCUGCUACGCAUGAACGGUGACCACGCAUUUCAAAGGAGCUGACAAAUUUCUUUGGUGGAACUCAUCGCUAGUGAUUUGCAGUAUAUUUGGUUCUUCUGAUUCUUGCACUAUGAUUCUCAUAGCGCACGACGAGAAUCGCGUAGUGCAUGAUGGGGUCCUCGUCGUGCAGGAAACGAGACGCGACUGGUUUUGAGCGGUACUGUAGGUGCCAGCCUCUAGGGGGAAAAUUUUUUUUGAUAUGUGCUUCUAAGAUGCUAUUUCCUGCAUUUUGAGAUCACAGUCAAUGGAAAUACUGGGCCCAAAAUUAUCACAGGCUCAUGGCCAGAUGCCAAAAGGGUAAAAAUGUCUGAGAAACUACAGUAAAAUGGCAAAGAAGUAUGCUAAAAAGACUGGUUCAACAAAGGAAUUGAAGAAUUUAAAAAACUGGGAGAACAUUAAGCGAAACUGGUAGUCUGGAAACAUUUGCGAAAAACAGGAGGUUUCUGGCCAAAACGUUUGGGUUGGAAUCUCUGCUCAAAUGCUGGAAGAUAACUGUGUUUUUGCUUAUUAAUUGUGACAGAUGGUAUGCCAUUACAACAUCAAGCCAUGUACCCUGUUUUGCUGAAGAAGUCUUUUAACUGUGCGGAAAGUAUUAAACUGGAAUAUACAACUACUUACAUGGAAGAAAAGUCCAUUGGAAUCAUCACAGCAGGCUGAACAACAUAGAAGUACGUGGCAUUUGGAAAAGGUAGGGGUUUUUAUUUAAUACUUGUUUUAAACAUUUAAGAAUAAAAAUCAACGAUAAAAAUUUUGAAUGACGUUUCGAUGACUCGCUCAUCAUUUUCAAAUUCUAAAAAGUUAGAUUGUUAAAAAUUCUUUAUGUAUUAAGAAUGCGUGUGAAGUCUCGUUGCACGUGAUUAAAAACUACAAUGUGGAAUGUAGUGAGUGUUAACUAGGCACUACAUAGUUUCGCUUUUAUUGACUCUGAUUGAGUGUUCAGUUUGGGUUUCUUUUCCUGGAUAAAAAGCAUUUCGUAGAUCAAGCAUUCAAAUUUCCCACGACAUUUCUUCAGUAUAGUGAAUUGUUCAGUGAGGUCUUUGUCCUCCUGAUUGUGAGAGUCACGCAGGUGUUUUCCAAUAGCUGAGUGCUUGUGUUCAACAAUGCAUUGGAAUACUUGUUCAUGACUACAGUAGAACCCCGGUGGUGAACUGGAACUCUAAAGGGAAACGAAAAAUAGUUCGAUUUUAAGUGGGGAAUUCGAGUUAUCGGGGUAAAUUUCAGUGAAAUCUUGAUCAAGGGAAAGCAAAUUUAGUUCGACGUAGCGGAGAAUUCGAGUUAUCCGAGUUCGAGUUAUCGAGGUUCUACUGUAUUAAAUCCGCCAGAAUGUGAUCGAGUAUUAGCUUAUUCACGUAGAAUUCCAUCAACCAUUUGCAACAACGACUACAGUUUUGUCUCUAGUAAACAAAAAGGAACCAAUAAAUGGUUUUCCAUGCCAUCUUGAAGUUUCGUGUUCAUAUAUGGGAAUGAUCUAUAAUUUUACGUUGAUCUCCAGCUUCAUUAUUUGAGUACGUGGUUACCAUCAGAAGACACAUUACGAACAGCAGGAAUGUACCUUUACCUUUCACAAUCCAGCUGACUUAUCGUUCUCGGACAUGACUGGAAGCACGUUUCAUGUGUCAACAACAAAAUAAAUGAACAAUCCGCUUUUAAAAUAACGUCAAUUUCGGAUGCAAAAUACUUGUGCUCUUGCUAAUGAAAGUCCGCGUGAAUUUGAACUCACCAAACGGAACUUCAUUUCACACUUUUCCAGUGGUUCAAAAAGUGCACAUGAUGAAUUCCUAGGAAUUCCUAGGAAUUCCCAGAACUCUGGAAAUUCAUUUGGCAAGGGUGACUCUGGCAUAUUCAUUUUGUCGUUUGAUUUGUCUCUUGGUGGUACAGUUUGAUAUCAUCUGUAGGCCCGGAGUAAAAAGGGUUAUAAAGAUUUAGUGGAGGUGAAAAAUUGUGUUGAGGGAAAAAAUUGCCGUGGUCUAUUUGUCUUCCUGGCUUAACAGCAAAGCAGUGUCCAUCUUAAAAAUAAUAAUUUUUUUAAGAAAGUGUUAGGAAAGGUUAAGAAAGGUUGCAAGAUUUGGUUUACUCUUGCCGUCUGUCUUUGGGCUUUGUUUCUUCUGUUUCUUGCACGCAUGCUGUCUUGUGACCCUAAUUCUAGCUGCUAUCAUUUGUGUAAAAUUGUAGUUUUUUAAAUUGAUUGGUCAAAAACAUUGAUCAGUCAAAAGGGUUCAGGGGAAGUAAAGAACUGCCUGUGCAAAAACAUUUCUGUACUUAGGGUUUGACAGAGACUUGAAUUCUUAAAAUUGUUAGGAUAAUAGAAAAGAAUGGUUGAAAAGUCUGAGGUUUUUAUUUUCCAAUGAGUAAAAAUUUUUUUCUGUGGUCAAUCUUUCCUGUAGCUAAGACAUUCAAAAAACAUAUAAGAGAAGUCUUAGAACUGACUUUUAUGCCUGCAUGGCACCCUGGGUAAUCUAAGUUUGAAGAGCAUCAUGAGAUAAGCUUGGGCCCUGUGUUUUACAAUGUACUGUCUCUAUUGAUCUCAAGUUUUAUAACCUUGAGACUGGAAAAUGAAAUUGUGGUCCUGAAUUUUGGAUCAAAAAAUCUGUACAAACCUGCUGUACUGUACUUGGCACAUGUACCUGAGUUGAAAGAUUUAGUCAACACUCCCACCCACUUUGACCUUUACUGUGCUAAGGUGGUCUCCAAAUGUUCCUUGACAAGUUGUUGCACAAUGGUAGAGGUUUUGUCAAUGGGUCAUUGUGGGGUUGCUCAAUGCCUCCAGGCAGUAGUUCCUUCCUUCCCUUACAGGAUUCCUAUUGCCUUUUGUUACUCUGGCUUUGCCGUAAUAUGUGCUAAGUGAUCAAUAUCAAUGGUGAAGUGUCCAUUUCAAGAACUUUUCAUACUCUUUCCAUACUCUUCUACUAAGCUGUUUUUUUGGUAUUGAAGUUCAAACUCUUGGCAGGGCUCGAAAUUGCGACUGAUACGGUUGCCAAUGUGACCAACUCUUUCUCCUUGGCGACUAAAAAUUCUGGUUUAGUUGCCACUUUGGCCACCAGAUUUCUCUAUGAUUUAGAUUUAAAUUAAAAGAGUAAAGUUAAAACAAACAUUUCAUCUUAUCUUGCUUUGCUUUGACCAUAAGAAAUGUGUCAAAUGGUAUAAACAAAGCCAGUUUACCUCCAAAUUUAUACCAACCGAUGUUGGUGAUAUUUUCAAACAAUCAAAUUUGAUGGAUCGCGCCAUACUGCAGAGAUCAGAUUGGUCGCGGAAAAGUCAAAUUUCAUGGGAUUUUCAGAGACAGAUUUGUGGAAAUUUUCGGGACUAACUUUGCCGAAAAACAAUCCGUAAAAAAUUUCAUGGAAAUUUUCAGGGCAACUUUUGCUAGAAAUCGAUUGAUUUUGCGCUGAUUUGGUGAGUGUGUUUAAGGUUUUAUAACUAAGAUAAUCAUUGCUAUUUUAACAAGCGCUCGAGAAAUGAGCCAGUUGCAAAGCUUUUAAACAUCAUGACUAGUGCCCAGUUUUUCGCAACAUAAUUUAUGCCUGGUAGUUUCGGGAUGUUCUUUGCUCGUUGUGGUGAUGAAGUUUCAAGAUAAGUUUACAAGUUUACAGCAAUUUAACAGCCCCAAUAGCUGAGAUGAGUUUCAAAUAUGUUGUAUCGACAUAUAUUUGAUAAGAUUUCUCGCGAAAUUUGCAGUAUUUUGCAUGUUUUUGUGAAUUUCGCUGGAUUUUGCGGAUUAACCUGAAAUUCGCGGCUUAGCGACCACGCUAAAUAUCAAAAGCCCUGAUACUAUGAGGUGCCUCACUUACAUUCUACAAACUGGCAACUAAAAAUUUGCAUCUGCCUCCUCCAUGUGCCGCUGAUCUAUUGUCCUGCAUGUCUUUGCUUUCUCUACUCCUCUGAUUUUCUGUAAUCUUGUCUUCUUGCUUAUUCUUACACAAGUCUGCUCCAAUUACUUUACUCAAGAGUGUAUUAAUUAACAAACAGAAAGUUAAAAAUCUAUCUAUCUUUGGCGUUGUUCCAUACAAUUCUUUUCCUUUGAGUGUGCUCAGAAAACCAGUUCCGAUUUUCCCUACCAAUUUUGCAGAGAACGAUCAUGGCAUAAAAAAAUGAGGCAUGCAUGCCGUUGUUGUUGCCACAAAGACCAUUUUGACAUGUGAAUAGUGUUAUUUGUCAGUUCACUCUCACAUGCAUGCUACCUCCCACUGACUUGUAUGGAUCAAUAAUUUAUGGUAUUAGUCCUGCUCCUCAUAAUGCAAAAGUUGCAGAUCUCCUGCCCCAUCACCCUUAGCCGACCGUGAAAUGGUUCCACAUUGAUACAAGGCCAUUUUUUGGGAAGUGCACCUCAUAGAAUUAAUCCUAUUGACCUGAAAAAUAAAGUGAAGAAAAUGAUGUAUAGAAUAAGAAUUCUCUCUAAGAUAUAUUAUUAAGUGUAGAUUGCAGAGAAGACACUCAAUAUGAGUUAUUCCUUUUUUGCCAACUGCUUCCUCAGAAGUAGUUUUUAUGAAUGUUGUAAAUGGUUUGAUAGGAAAGGUCUCUAUUGUUUUUUAAGAGGUCCAUGGCCAAAGCCCUGUAUCUUCUAAAUUAAUGUUUUAUUUAUAAUAGUGAGGAAAGGGAAAACCUACUUUCAGCUAUUUUUCAAAAAUAGUGUUAAUAAAUAUGAUGCAGUUAAAAAUGUUAGUAGUAAACAAGGAGGUAACUUACUGCUUCCAGUUGAUGUAGUAAUGCCAGGGGUGACAUGAUAAAUAUUAUACUUUGUAAUGAUGCAUAAUCUUAUUUGCAGAAAAAGGAAAGCCUUUUUAAAAAUUUUUUUAAAACAAUCUUAAUAAUGAUAGUAAAAGGCUUUGACAAUACUAUUACCAAUGUUGAAAAUGAUGCUUGAUCUUAUUUACAAUGACUUAUGAAUAAACUAAAAAUAAAAUUAAUUUAAUUUGUGGAAUGAAGAAAGCUUGUAAAAACGGAACUAAAUAGAUGGUUUAUUUUAAAGGAAUGGGAAGUAAGAAACUCUGCUCAUGUGGACGAGUAAUUGAACUGAUGCAAUUCAAAUGAAUAAAACUCUACGUCUGUUUGCAGUUUUUUAGGAAGUUCUGGUAACUCCACGAAAAGGGGUAGGCAGUGAUGAUUUGAAAAAUUUAGGACUUGUUUCUUUGUAUGAUAGAUUGUAUUUGUAUCCACUUUUGUUAAGUGUGUCUUGGUAUGUACUUUUGGCUUUGUCAAAACAUUCUUUGUCGAAUGAUAUUUCUGAAAGACGCUUGUUGAUUGAUUCAGGGAUAUUCCUCAGGUCUGGCAUAGCUUUUGAGACGGGUGUUUUUGGAUCUUGAUCUUGUUCAGCCAUUUAACGCUCUUGGUUUUCCGUUGAAAAAAUUUCUUAACUUUUAUUGUUUUGCUUUGCCCAAUCCGACUGUUCCACGCUUAUCCUUACCCUUUUAAAGGGAAGUGGAAUCCAUUAAAAAACUUGUGUUCAGUUAACUGUAUACUAUUUCCGUGUUUCUUCUGUUUAAUUCUGGUGGCUGUUUUUGCUUUCCAGUUCACAUUUCUUAGUGUCCCCUUUAAUUUAAGGACUUAACUUCCAAGUAUACCUUUCUUUAUUUUUUAAGUACAAAUAAAGUCACAUCAUUGCCUGCGGUCUCAUUUCCGCAGUGUGUGAAAAAUGAAUUCAAAGUUAUUUUUCUGCCAUUGUGAUGCGACCAAAAAUACGUUUGAACUUAAGAGCAAUACUAGACAAGGGUGGAGAUGGGACCACGGGGAAAAUGCAAGGUUUAUGGCUUUGUAAAUGAUAUUCGUCGCAAAUUGGAUAAGGUAAAUACUUCGCUGUGUGACUCGCAUGGUCUCUAACCGGUAUGCUUCAGGAUGCAAACAUGCAAAGUGUCAAUAUGUUUUAGCUGUAAACUUGCCUGACACAAUUCUUUUUCCCGCAAGAAAAAAUGUGAUGAGGACGGUGUAUAACACAUCCAUGUCUGUUCGAUUCAAGCUUUCUCGUACGGCUAUUCUUCUCAAAAGUAACUCUCACAAAUGGCAAGGACGCUGGAUGCUGGUUAUGGCCAAAAAGUUCUUGUUCAGCUGCACUUGAACACUAAGCAUAGGCCGACAGACAGCUGUGUAUAAUUGAUAAUUGUGUUUCAUUGACAAAAGUGUAACGGGUAAACUUGGUGUUAAAAAACUGCUUUCCUUCCAAGUUCGAUUUUUUCUCUCUUCUUGUCUUUCCAGAAAGUGUACAUCUUUUCCAGGGCUUUGCAGGAGGGCUGCAGAUCCAGGUUGCUAUACCAAAUCAGAAAAUCUUUUAAUGUGUGCAUGUGGUUGUCGGACCAGUCUUGUUUGGAAAUAUUCUUCUUUUUGAGUGUAGAGAAGAAGGCUUUGUGAGGUGCAAGAGAAGGGUGUUGUAACUUGUCACGAGAGUUUACCCAUUCUUAUGGAAAGCACCCUUUGGUUUGAGGACACUCCUAGCCCAUGAGAAACUUGUUGUAACUGAACCCAGGAGCCAGAAAGUUGGUGACUUCAAGAAAACGGAGAUGAGGAGUCUUAAUGCAUAUGAAGUCAUGGUCAUGCUUGAUGGUAAAUUGAACACCUUCCUCCUGAAGAGGAGGAAUACCAAACUUGAAAAGGAAAUCAAAGUAACCUAAUGAAAACAAUUCCACAUUUAUUGGAUAGAUUGACUUACUGCCUUCCAUGCAAUACCACCCUUAGUGGUAAUUGGCAAUUGCAUAGGUUGACAGCAUUGUUGGCACCCGCUAGAACUUUCUACCAACGUCAUCCGCCACUUUCUUAAACACUUUUUAUGGGUAGUUUGCCCACAGCUUCGUAGUCCCCUUAAGUUCCACCCUUCCUCAAGGCAAACCACACAGGUUGAUAGAACCUUGAGAGAAAACAAAAAAAGAGUUAUUUUUCACUCAGGUUUACCCCUUUUUGGAAAAAGAUUACAUAUUUGUUUUGUGAAAGCGAAUACUGCAAUAUCUCCAAUUUACUUGGCAAGUGAUGAAUGGAAAGCAACUGGCACAGACCAUGCCGCUCCAAAAAUUAGCUCCGGGCUCAUAAUCUUCACUUUGUCACUUAUGUCCAGGGUCGAUCUUGUUAGCAAACAUUUGCCAGCAAAUUGUUUUUGCCAUUUUAACAAAAAGGAUUUAAAGAAAACUGCUAUCAGAAAAGCAUAGAAGAAAUAGCAAAUGUCGCAAAAAUCACAAAAGUAAGAAGAAUUUUUCUUGCUAUGUGAAAAGAAAUGUAACAAAGAGUAUACAGUAUAAAUAUGGCAAAAAUAGCAGGAAUAACAAAUUUUUCAAAAUUCUACUUUUACAGAGAGAAAAGGCCAAGAAGGGCUUUGUGAAGUCUUCUUCUCUUUUUUUCUUUUGGCAAAACAGUCCAUCAUAAAGCUAAAGAAUUACUGGCUAUGAUAUUCUGGGCUGUGGAAGAUUCCAAAACCAUUUCGCUCCCUUAUUAUAUGCAUGAAUUUACCCUGACAUUGUGGUGCGGAAAAAUUAGGUGGCAAUCUUUUUCCCUACUUUGUCGCGUUUAUAACAAACAAGACAGUUUCUCUUUACUUCAGAAACACGAGGGAUGUGUUGGGUUGCAAAACACACAAGGUGGAGGUGGAGCCCUUGGCCUACCACUAGUAUAAUAGGGGGGAUCACCAUAUUCUUCAAAACCACAGAUCUGGCGAACAUGUUCAUCCCUAAAAUCACAUUGGGUAUAUCCAGCUGGUCUUUCAAUCUAAUCUGGAUUCUUAGCCUUAUAUUGUAAAAACAAAAUGUAACUAUUAACUACAGCUAUGUCUAUUAGAUGGAAAAAACAGAGUUUUCCACCAUCGCAAAAUGCUCCAAAAAUAAAAAAAAACUUUCUACACUUACAAAAAAUUCGCUGCGGGCUGAUAAUCUUCACUUUGUCUAGGGUUCUACAGACUUCCGUGGCAAUGUAUCGCUGUUAUUCUCUAUUGGUUUUCUUUAUUUCUCUGAAUUUGCAUUCAUACGUUUCUUCCACGUUAUCGCCUUUGGUUUUAAUAAACCAUGUACUGAUCAGCAAAGAUGUGGCUUAGCUGUUUGGGAAGGUUGGCUGGACUGAUGGUUGAAAGGUGGAAAUUAUACCCAUCUUGAAGUCUGUUUCUUCUGCUUGAUUGGCUACGGAACUGCUAGUGUUGAUGGUACGUUUGGGUGAUAUUUUCUUCCCUGGUAGGAGUAAGGCUCGAAGGGAUAAGAACCUGAUCAGCCACCCAACUAGACCCAGCAUCUGAGGCUUGCGAUGUAAUUGAUGAAACAGUCUUUUUGGUCCUUUUUGCAGCUGGUGCUUCAUUUGAGGUCUUGGUACUGCGUUUACGGUUGGUGGGUUGUGCGGUUAAAUGCGUGGUGCCAAUAUGAGCAUUGUCUUCGCUUAGAAAUCAGGGCAAAAUUGACGACUUUCAUAUUUUUAUUAAUAUCUCUGCUGGUAUUUACAGCAGUGUUUUACGCAAUAUCCCAUUUGAAAGAGAGAUAAAUUGGCUCUUUAAAAAACAUACAUUAUUCUCCAUACAUUCAAUAGUUUUUUUAAAAAAAUUCAAAAGUGAAAAAAUUUACAUAGUUGAUGCAAAGAAAACCAAGAUGGACGCCAUUUGGUCCAAAAUGAAGUGUCUUUGCAGGGUAUGUUUAAAAAUGAAUCUGUUGCUUUAUUUGUAGGCCAACUGCAAGUCAAAUUUCCCUCAAAAGAAGCCAAUUCAGCAUUUUUUAGAUAUUAUUUUUAACAUCUACUCAUUAAAAAAAAAUGAAACUUUUUGGGGGGGGGUGGGGUGUAGGAGUUAUAUGAAGGUGAUGCAGAAAGCCCUUCUAAACCCCUAACAAGCCAUAGUGUCAGUAUUUUGAUUUUUUUUUUUUGCAAUAAAUGACUAUAAAUGGUAAUAAUAAUAAUAAAAUGUUUUCAAGAAAUAUUUUUUGGGGAAAAAAAAACCCACCGCCAUCCCUGCCAGCAUCUGUGAGGAUACUGAAAAGGUUAUUGAACGUAUUCUACAAUAGAAAAUAAAAAUAGUGCAACAAAUAAUGUAUUCAGAUCUAUAUACUUGUGAUGUUUACGCAUCUAAAGUGGUGUUGUGUCAUCAGCUCAUUUAAAAAUGAUACAAAUACUUAGAUACUCCCUGAUGCAAUACAAUGCCCUCUCCAUCUACCUAUAAAGAAACAAAACAAAGCUUUAGAAAAUCUGAGAAAACAGUUAAUUGAUUUUGUUUUGGACCACACUUACAAGUAAAAUACUACUUUUUUCGUUGGAAUUUUAAAUUUUUUUUAUACUUAAUUUCUUUUCUUUUUUUUUUUAAGUUUCUUUUUUUUCUUUUGGCAAAACAAUCCAUCACAAAGCUAAAGAACUACUGGCUAUGAUAUUCUGGGCUGUGGAAGAUUUCAAAACAAUUUCGCUCCCUUGUUAUAUGCUUGAAUUUACCCUGACAUCAUGGUGAGGAAAAAUUAGGUGGCAAUCUUUUUCCCUACUUUGUCGCGUUUAUAACAAACAAGUCAGUUUCUCUUUACUUCAGAAACACGAGGGAUGUGUUGGGUUGCAAACACACAAGGUGGAGGUGGAGCCCUUGGCCUACCACUAGUAUAAUAGGGGGGAUCACCAUAUUCUUCAAAACCACAGAUCUGGCGAACAAGUUCAUCCCUAAAAUCACAUUGGGUAUAUCCAGCUGGUCUUUCAAUCUAAUCUGGAUUCUUAGCCUUAUAUUCUAAAAACAAAAUGUAACUAUUUACUACAGCUAUGUCUAUUAGAUGGAAAAACAGAGUUUUCCACCAUCGCAAAAUGCUCCAAAAAUAAAAAAACUUUCUACAGUUACAAAAAAUUCGCUCCAGGCUGGUAAUCUUCACUUUGUCUAGGGUUCUACGGACUUCCGUGGCAAUGUAUCGCUGUAAUUCUCGACUGGUUUUCUUUAUUUCUCUGAAUUUGCAUUCAUACGUUUCUUCCACGUUAUAGCCUUUGGUUUUAAUAAACCGUGUACUGAUCAGCAAAGAUGUGGCUUAGCUGUUUAGGAAGGUUGGCUGGACUGUUGGUGGAAAGGUGGAAAUUAUACCCAUCUUGAAUUCUGUUUCUUCUGCUUAAUUGGGUGUGGAUCUGCUAGCGUUGAUGAUACGUUUGGGGGAGCCCUUAUCCACAAAUUCCUUGAUGGUCACGACGGCACGAGCACAACACAGGUUGUCCUUGUUUUUCAUUGGUAUAACACAAUGUUUCUUUUUGGUUAGCUUCUUCCAAGCGAUUUUUCCAGGGUUUCCACGUGCUCCCCCAUUCUUCCUGCCACGCCCCAGGGUUUUAAGAAAGGUGAGCUCUACAUAGAAACCAUCCCUCUCAGGAUCCAUGACUUGGGCUGAAUUCAAUUUACGAGCCAAAUCUUCUAAAUAGGCGCGCGCUUAAUCUUGAUUAUUCAACCAUUCAUGUAAAGGAACAUUAAGUGCCGAUUGUGCCCAGGUAUUGGUAAAGAAUUGGAAUGGAUAGCCAUAAGUAAAGAAUAUUGCGCUGUGUUAAUUUGUUCACUUUCCACGACUUGCUCCAAUCCCUGCCUUAUUGCCUUGGCUAAUGCUUCCCCCAAUGGUUUGUUUUCUUCUGUGGUUGGAAGUUGAAGAAAUGUUAGGUGAAACUUCUUUUGAUGCACUAUUCCGUGAAACGAGCGAUUUCUUCCAGCCGUGGUAAAAAUUGUUUGAAAUAACGGGUUGCCUCCCCGCCUGUCAUAACGGCGAAAAGCCGCUAAUAAUACAUCAUCUUGCCCAUCGUUCAUUAAGGCUAUAAAAUAGAAAAAACGAAAAACCUGUAUUAACCCCUGGCUGGUCUUUGCCACUACGUUACCCCUGGUUCUAACGUCUAUUUUCACUUCACUUGUCUAAAAGUUCAAGUUUCUGUUUUUGUUCACUUAGGCGAAACAGCUGCAAAAUUUACGCGGGUCUUUUUUUCUUUUGGGAAUUUUAGCACUGGUUAUCAGGUCCCGUUGCAAACUAUAAAAAACCACACUUACCUUCUAUCUCGGGGUCCAUAGCUCUGCUGUCCACCAUUUCAUCAUUGCCUUCGUUCAGUGUCGCUAUAUAAAAGAAUACAAAUACUUAUUCUAAUGGCCUCACCUCUCUUCUAAAGCAACGUGUCUUUUUUUGCUUUGUUAAGAGCGAUUACUUACCUUGGAUUUGGCUAUCAAUGGCUUGAUUAUCGUUUUCCAUUCUGUCUUGAAUAAGCUCGCUUCUGACACCCACUUGGCAAUUGAUGGGGCUGAAUGAAGUCUAUUCACUUACUUGGCACAAAUAAUUGCAAGCAGGGUUUCGACCUUUGAGCUGAAUUUGCAUACAAACUCACCCUAGUGUAUACCAUUGAUGUCAAUCAAAGUAGAUUUCUUGAGCUAGGCUGAUUGUAUGACACAAUUUGUUUUUUGUUUUCGCCAUCUUGUUUGACGUCAAUGCCAUGAUAGAGUGCAUGUUUUGGUUUUUACACAUUUAUUUCAUCAUGUUUUUCCCUUCUACUUCUUUUUCUAACCAUUUUCACCAUUUAUUUCAUGUUUUUUCCUUCUACUUCUUUUAAGCCGCCAUCUUGGUUUCCUUUCAGGGAUUAAGAACCUUUGUUUUCCCUCAUUAACCCACCAUCUUGUUUCACGUUAAUGGUUUCUAUAUUUUUUUGCGUUUUAAACCCUCCACAUUUAUUUGUUUCCCUCUUUUUUCCAGUCAAUAACUCACACGCAAUUGCCGUCUACUUUUUUAUUUUAAGCCUAUUUACAAAGUGGGACGUGUGGAGAUGCCUAGAUCUCUCCGCCCAAUGCAACAAAAUCUUGAAAUAACUUAAAAUACAACGAUAUACAUUUUUGUCUCAUCAACCACUGACUUUCAAUUGUUGCAUUUACAAGACAAACUGUUCGAAUACUUUUCUAGAAAUAUGUAAGUGCAUGUCAAAAUCAGUGGUUCAUUACAAUAAAUACAUGGUUUUCAGGAAUAUCUGGAUAGGUUCUAUUAAAUUCACUAAAGGCCGAAAGAACAUCAAAGUCUUCAUAGUUCAUAAACUUCAAGUAGUCUUGGAUUAGUAAACGGGCAACUCCAAGGCAAAAUUCGCAUCCGCAUCUUUCUGCAUUAUAAGCCCACUAAGUGAAUGGGCAUUGCGGCAAAAGCCUGAUUUCCGAAAAAUUCGUCUACAAGAGAUUUAAAACACAAAACUGAAUGAUUAUUGCGUGUAACUUUCACUUGUUGAUGAAUCAUGCACCGCCUUUUGUAUUUCGAUUGUGGCCCAAGUGCCUCGUAAGGUUCUCUCUUCAUCCGUGUGAGUACACACAUUCGUUCUCUCGAGCCAAGGCUUGGUCUGUUCUUCCUUGACGCAGGCAGCACAGAGAGGAAAGUUGAGCUUGCCCCCAGCUCUAUAGGGUAACACAGGCUGUAACAGGCGUUCGGGAGGCAAAAUAUCAACGAGAGCCACACCAAAAUAAUGAUCGAUAUUUUGGUCGUUUGGAUUUGUGUAGAUGAGUGGGAAUCGGACAGGGUGCUCUUUAUACUUGUUCACCCAGGAGUACAAGGAGGUGGCGUCAGCAUAUUUAAUCAGAUCUGGUUCUUGCACUUGACAAUGGUGGGUGACUGCCCCAGUUCUUCCUCCAUAAAAGGCGUCUCGUGGGUUGAGGGGAGGGACGAGUUCCAAGUCUUGAAGGAAUGCUUGCAAGUUGGCAUCGGUUGCUUUGUCUUUCUUAAACUCGCAUUCCCACUUCUCUAUGAGGGUGUGCCCUGCUUGUCGUAGCAUGGCAGCCGUUUUUAGGGUUUCGUCAUACACUUCCUGGAUGGUACGAUCCAAAUGGCAGUUGUUUUUCACAUUUCUGUGCCGUUUGAAGCACUGAGGGCAGCCGUGAUACCAACACCUGUAAAACUCAGACGGUGUUAUUUUCUUCAUCGAAGCCGUCCACAUAAUAACUUUCUGCUGAGAUGAGGACCUGGACCUUGCCUCCAUUAUGUACAUGGCGGACACGCCCCAUACCACCCAGUAAAUGAUCUUGAUAGUAGAGCCAUUCCAAGGCAAUGGUACUUUGAUUGAUGUUAUUGCCGUGCCAUCCCCCUAAAGGCUCCAGGGCAAUGGGACCUUCUUCUAAUUUUUCCUUCCGCCAGAAGUGGUUACAGGCUGAAGCAAUGGUGACAGACUGCACAAGGGGAUUGAAGCCAGCAAUUUCUUGAAAUUCAUUGGCAAAUUGGAGACAGCCCUAUUUGAGCAAUUUCACGUCGCUCUCAAAAUAUUUUAAGAGUUCUUCUUGAAAGUUGAAGAUGGCAUUCUGGGCGACUUUUUGUUGGUACCAAGUCAUAAUCUUGUCCCUUUUCUUGCUGUCGAAGGUGUCGGGGUCAUAUUCUGAUAUGGGUGGGUAAUGACCUUCAUAAUUCCAAUUCUCUUCCGUAUUAAAGGCAUGGGGAAAGUACCCCUUGUGCAGUUCUGUCAAAUGAAGGUGGAUGGAAAGCGUUCCAAAGGCAUGGCAAAGAAAUUCAAGCUAUCUUUAAAAAUCAGGUUUCCACAUUCAAAAGAUAAGAUUUUAGCCCCCUGGGUCAAGGGUUUCUCGACUGCACGACCUUGAUCGUACAAGGCUUUGAGAAGGAAGUUGCCGUCAAAUCCACGAAGAUUAUGAAAGAAGGUAAUGACUUUUCGAGGCCUCACAUCAUCUUCUACUUCCGUCAUGGCUUCACAGGCGUCUAAAAAUUCAUUGAUGGUAGUGGCGUGGUGAAUGUCCUCAUCUUCUUCACUUGACCAGUAGAUGAGGUUGGGUUCAACCGCCUGGUCUUUUGUUAAGGCACAUUCGAUGUGCGCAAAAUUCAGGGUGGGCGGUGGGGGUGGGGGGCCCUUCUUCUCCUCGUCAUCAUCAUCAUCACCGAAUUGCAACUGUAGGGGGUCCUCAAAAUCUUCGUCGUCUUGUUGCUGAGGCUCUUCCUCGAAGAUGGGUUGGAUGUAACACCUGUGAGCCACAUGUGCAAAUUCACCACAAUUUUUGCAGGUGACAUCGUAGCACUUAUGGGGCUUUUUUGGGUUGACAAAAUACACUGCACAGCACAGAGGACAUUUCUUAAAUUGCUCGCAACUACUCUUGUCUCCUCUUUUCUUGCCUUUGACUUUAUGGCUUUAUUGAUCGUGCUAAGGUACACGUUCACUUUCUUCCCACGUUUUACGUUAUUUCCGUUGCUUCAAGUCACGUUUAUUUCUCUCUGUCUUAGGCGGCCAUCUUGGUAUUGUUUGGGUAAUUAACCCUCCAUAUUGUUUGACUGAAUGAACGACUGCACGUUUUGGUUUUACAUUCGAACAUUUCUUUCUCUAACGCUUUCAUAAUUGUUUUUCGCUUCCGCUUCAAGUUUUCGUUUUAUAUUUUUCCUUGCAUGGUUUCGGUUUUAAGGGAUUAAGUGAAAAUCUUGCUUUCUAUUAAGUGAUUAAGUGGCCAUCUUGUUUUCCAUUCAGGGGAUUAAGCGCCAUCUUGGUAUUGUUUAGGUAAUUAACCCGCGAACGUUCGACUGCACAUUCUUCCUAGCUCCUUUGUUUGCCCUUUUCCCAAGUCAAUAACGUUUCACUUUGUUAAUAACUUUUACAAUUCAUUUAUUCCUUCAUUACAAUGCUGAUUUCUUCUCGUCACUGAUUUUGUGCUAAAUAUUCUUCGGUGAUAUUGGGGUACAAUAAAAGCACGGCAAACGGAAUAUUUCUGUAGACUUGUUGAAAAUUGUAUAAUGCUCUGACAGGAUUAAAUUCGCGAUAAAUUCAUAAAGUUCAUGAAAUCGUCAAUUAAUAAUCUUACGAGUUCCCAAACGAAUAUUGCAAUGGCAGUCAACGUUGUUAAAGACCCAAUCUGUGUAGGGGCAGAGAGGAAGACAUCUAAGAUCACGCAGCGUUUGUCUACAAGAAGAAAACACAACAUCAUUACUUCACAUUGACGCUACUGUGCGCGAACAUGGCGAAACAUAAAUUCAAACAUCGCAAACUAGUAGCAUAAUUCUAUACAACGUUUGUUUCUAAACGAGCCAACACGUGGUUCGGAAACACAAAACUAAUUCAACUUGAAUUCUUUCAUGACCUACCAAAAUUUCUUUUUGUGUUCUUUUUUACUCUCAUGUCUCGCCUCUUCAAAUUCACAUGCUUCGAGCUUGAUUUGCACACUGUGGCAGGGUGGCAGGUUUUCCUGGGUGGCUUCACCUGGAUAAGGAACGGCCAACAGGGCUAAUGCUUCUAAUGUAUCUGGAGAUCUGGACUCUCUGGGCUCUCUGUGAAGUGGUGGUAGAGGUCUUAAGGGUGAGAAUGCCAUCUAAGUAAGCAACUGAAGUAGAAACACAAUUUAGACCUCUGCAAACAACUUUUACUAAUGGAGUCAAUGUAACAAUUCCAUUUCAAAUCAUUGGAGAUGUUAAGGCCUAGUAUUUUGGCACUAGUAACUAAAUCAAUAGGCAUGCCAUUAACAACAACUGGAUCGAAAGAAGUAGGGUUCUUAGUGUUAAAGUUUAUAAGCAGUUCUUUGCAUUUUGUCUCGUUUAGUUGAAACUUAUCCGCGGUCGCACGGCUUGCUAGGGUGUCAACAGCAGCUUGAAUGUGAGAAACUUGUGAUAUCUUGAUAUCUAAUGUCUUCGCCUUCUGCUCUGGUGUAGAGGCAGGCUGCUCCGGUCGGUCCACCAAAGAACGCUUCUCGUAGGUUGAGUGGCGCCACAAACUCAUUGGUCUUGAGAAACUCUUGCAAUGACAGGUCUGUUUUCUUGUCCUCGUUUAAUUCACACUCCCAUUUCUCAAUGAUGGUAUAACCGGUCCAUCACAGGAUUUCUGUUUUUCGCUGUGUGGGUUCGUACACCUCUUCUCCAGUGUGGUCCAAAUGACAAUUUCUUGUCAAAUCACGUUUCUUGAAACAUCGCUUGCAUCCGUGAUAGUAGCACCUGUGAAACUCGUAGACCGUGUUGGUCUCUGCAUCAAACCCGUCUACAAAAUACUCUGCUGCCGGCGUCAACACUUUCACCUCACCACCAUUGCGAACAUGCUUCACUCGACCAGCCCCACCUAAUUUCCAGUCUUCAAAAUACAGCCACUCUAACGCCACUUUACUGUGGUUCACUCGAUUUCCUCUCCAACCAUUUUGAGGCUCAAUGGCAAUCAAAUCUUAUUCUAAUUUUUCACGUCUCCAGCACAAAUUGCAGGCGCUCGCAAUUGUCACAGCUUCUAUCAGGGGGUUAAAUCCCGCAAUUUCUUGAAAUUCUUCAAUAAAUUUCGGACAGGUCAACGUUAUUCAAGGUCAGCACGUGACUAAAACAACUUCAUACGGGUCAAACCAAGUUUAAGAACGUGAUCAGGUCAAAGUUGUUGAAGGUCACUGUUCAAAGCUGCCCUAUUUUGUUUUGCUGAGUUCAGCGAAAAAAUUUGCAUGUCCUUUGUGUUUUCUAGGACUCUAGAUUAGCAUACAAAAUAACUCACUGGAACGAAUUGACUCACUAUUGAGCUCAUAUUUCCCUUCUGAGAGUUGAUUUCACUACUCAGCUUAUUCCCUCUUUCCCAAGUCAAGAAAUAUACGACAAUUUCAACUCGCACAUUCUUUAUUAUCCUAUUUACAAUAGGAAUGUAUGAAAAAACCCUAGUGGUUUUUCGUCCUUAAUAAUAAAUCCAGUCUCUAUAAUAUCUGCAUACAGAUUGAUACAUUUCUGACGCGCCCGAACGAGAUGCAAAGUGAAAAGAAAAUCCUUUCUAUAUUUGACCAGCUCAUCAAUACAUAGUGUAUGAGCCAUAAGACGGUAGCAAUGAUUGCAAACGUCAUUUUCAUUACUGUUAAUCCACUGGGUUGAGAUGCAAAUAGCUCGACAUCGAUUGCUCAGUAAAGACGAUCUACAAAAAAAAAAAUAUGAAAGACAUGUUUAUUGUCACUUAAAACACAAACAACUAGAAACGUGUGGUCUUGCUAAUCAAAAACCGUCCUUGGUUGUAGUGCCCUUACAUUACACUGCGGGACGUGUGACCAAGACUAGUUCUGGUCGCCCAUUUAAUUCUUACAUCACGUAAUCUUCAAAUAGAAAUGGCAUUAUUUGUCUUAGAUGUCAGUAUGUAUACUCAAAACGUUCUACAGCUUCGUCAGAUUUUUGAACUAAUUCAUCUUUUAACAAAAAGGAAUCAUCAAUUGUUAACUGAAACAUGCCAGUUAGAAGAACGCAGGUACAUCUUGGGUCUGUAUAACACCAUUCAGUAAACCUGCAGAUUGGAUGUUGUUUACACCAUUUUUGCCUGAAUAUAAACGAAAUAUUAAUACACGUUCUAACGAAUAAUUGACUGGUUCUUCAUUAUCAUGAAGACGUUGUCGGUCCACAGUAACACCUUCCACUACUAAAUGCAUAGAAUGUGAACACGGUUGGUUGGAAAAGGGUAGCCAUUGUGCUGAUCUACAGUACUUGCACUUUUUCAAUUCGCGUAAGAUAACUCUACAAAAUAAAAUAAAACAAGUGUCUAAAAACACGUUUUUGCACUGAAAGACUAAGCGAUGCCGUCUCACCUUCCUGAAAUAGAGCGACCUAUAUACAAUUCUCUAUUAAGUUCUUUUUCCCGGUUUUUAUCAACAAACUCUCCCUCAUCAUCACUUAUCCAUCAUCAGGCGGGAAUGUUGGCUUUGACUUGGCUGUUGAAUAGCACACCUGUGGCAAGGAUUCAGGUUUUCUUGUUGAAUGAGUUUGUCAACCAUAGCGGCAUUAGUAAGUUAGAGCACAUGUCCAAUAAAACUGGCUAUCCUGACACUCCUCCCACACUCCUCCUUUUUGAAAUGGUUCAAAUAAAAUUACUGGCAUUGCAUUACAGGUCUGAAAAAAAAAACAGUUCAGAUUGCGCAGUCUUUCCAGACAUAAAUUGUUGGACACAUUUUUCUGCAUUUGUGCAAACAUUAAACAUAACUAAAGUGAGAAAAUUCGCUUUGGUACAAUAUAGGGAUACUUUCUCGCAGAGAACGUUACAAAAAUCAAAAGAAUCGAAUAACAGAAAAAAAAAUCAAACUUAACCUAUUUUACAAACUUAACAAGGAUUCUUAACCUAUUCUCAACCUAUUUACAAACUUAACCUAAUACUUACGACCUAUUUACUUCAUAUUCAUAUUCAGUCAUUGAGUUUUGUGAAAAAAGGUUUUUUUUGCCUUCGCAAAUAAAGAAUGGACGGAUGGGGAAAACUCUCAACAAGUAUGUCACAGUUCUUCCCAGAAGAAGCCAGUUCCAUAAAAUAAGGUGGAGUAGAGGUUGUGUGCAGCGGUUAUGAUCUUGGGCACACAGGAACAGUGUUGUUGGUAUAGGUAACGAGCAAAAUCCUCUUGGUUGUUUGUGACUAGUUCGUAAAUCACGAGAAGGAAGUUCGUAGAAAGAUGUCCUGUUACCAGGGUGAGGAAAGAGUCCCAGUGGCAUAACAGAGGUGGCUUUGUAGAUGGAAGCGACAUGCACAGCCAAGGUUCUAGCACCUGGUUAAGUAAAGAAAAGAGAGCAUCGCAAAUAGGAUAGGAUCAAACCAGGGACCGAGAUCCCGUCUUUAAGCAUAUCAAUCUUCCUUUCUCGCCAGAAUUGACUCAUUUCUCGACUGCUUCUAUAAACGGCACCACAUCCAGAUUGUUGUACCAUACGAGAAAAUCUUCAAAUGUCUGCAUGUUAUUUUCUUCCCACACUUGCUGGCAAUACUCAUAUUCUUGUUCUGUUAUGUUGGCGUUUUUGAGAGAUGAAUAGAAGGCAGCAUGAAGGGGUAGUGAUGUCUCGUUCAGCUUAUCCAACCCAUCGACCCACGCAUGUGGGAAGAAACCUUUGGUCUGCUCGCAUUCAUAAGCUCUUACAAACUGGUCAUAGCUGAAUCCUGGCACAACAUAGUUGGAAAUGCCCAGGAGCUUGAGAAAAUCUGUCUUGAGACGCAUGAUUGCUGUUUGUUUUCAGAGUGAACUUGAUUGGUUGAGUCUCAAUGAGGUAGGGAAAUAAAAAUGUUUUCACAGCGUUGAGAUCGUACUUGCCAGAAUUAAAGCCUGGCAUGGGUAGUUCAUUAAGAUAAACGUUCAGUUUUUCUUCUAGUCCGUUCAACACUUUGUUGUCUCUGGUCUGUUCUUGACCAAACAACACAUCUUCAUACAGGGCUAGCUCAUCUUGCUGUUGUUUUCUCUCUUGUCUCCUCUCACUGUUUAGCUCUACGUUCAGUCUUCUGUAAAAAGAUAUAUCUUCCUGUUCUUCUGUCUCAUCAUCGAGAAAGGCGCAGUCUUCGUUCUCCGAUUCAAUCUCUUCAUCCUCUUCGUCAUCCCUUGCGAGCAAAUCAAUCCCUCUGCUGUCAUCUUCACUCUCUUCUUCGCUUUUUUUUCUGGUCGUCUCUCGUUUCAGGGGCUCUUAAGGUCUUGAGCCCUUCUAAUACGUCUGCGUACUGUUCACGAAGCAGAGAGGAACUUUUCAGGCUUAUCUUGGUGAGGUACUGGACAAAUUCUGAAAUAAACUCGUUUGGGCCGCCAUUAGACACGAAACAUUUGCGUGCUUGGUAACCAGGCACGUUACUACAGACGCUCACAGUCAAAGGUACAUGAGAUGACUGCCAAUUCAACUUGUCUGUGUUUUUCAGUUCUUGUGCUUUUUCUUGAUCAAAAGAGCACUCGAAAUCGAAGGUCGCAUGGUAGGGAAAGUAGCGGGCUUCUUCAGGGACAAUAAUAUCCUCUUCUUCUAGUUGCUCAAACACUGUUUUAGGGACAUGGUACGUGCCGCCUAGAUACUUGAGCUGGACUUUUCCGUCACAGGUCUUUUUGUGUCUAUUCAAUCUGGACGAUUUCUUCCAGUACUUGCUGCAGCAAGAACAGCAAAAGGAUUUACUGCACCGGGCCAGGUCUUUAAUAUACAAAAAAUGUUUUUCGUAAAGGUUCAAGUAGAGAGUACUAUCGUAGUCGUGAUGAGAGCAGCGGCGAAGUGUAGCGGCGAUGUCGGGAGCAUUAUCUUGAUCGUCUUCUUCCCCGUGGUUAUGAGUAGGUGCGAGACUGUACACUUGAAUAUUGACGUCAACUUGUUUAGUUCAGACAACUUGACUCCAUGAAACAGCCAUUAUGUUAAGCCAGACAGCGGAAUAAACAGAUUAUCUUCAUAAGGCUUGCCUCUUUGAAUGUUACGAUCCAAUGGAGUGAUUCCCAUGUUGCCCACGACAUAACCUGGUAGAUAUUUGCCACGGCUGAUGGGAUGAUCGCGAAUUUUCCAAACAAACGUCACAUUAGUCACGAGAUCCACGACCCAUUUAGAGUUAGGCCUCUGCUGGCGUAUCCACUCUAGGAAAUCAAUGUUGUUUACUUGUUCAUACAAGCGGUCUAAAUCAGCUUGAUUAGAAAUGAGGAAAGGUUGUUCCAACACGAGGUUGUUGUUGGCGGAUGGAUGGUGAUAUUGGAGAGCGGCAGUCUCUGUAUUACGGAGGAUAAAACCAAACGACAAGUUGAUUUUGAAAACUGUAGGUUGGUCAGCAAAGAUGCGGUUCAGUUGUUCGUGGAGAGCAGUGGUACUGAUCGUGGACAGGCGGAAAUUAUACCAAUCUUGUAGUCGGUUUUGGCGGGUGAAUCUGGUCUAGAUUUGUGGCCAGUGUUGUCUGUACAUUUGGGCAAUAUCUGCUUCGCCACUUGAACCAAAGUUGGUAGGGAUGAGAAUAGGAUCAGGUUGCCAGCUAGCACUGGUGCUUUCAGCACUUGUUAUGGGGGUUGGUUGUGAAGCGGUACUCGUACUUGCUUGAUCCGACCUCUUAGAUCUUUUCGCGAACGGAGCAUCUGUAGUUUUUUGAGCAGUGCGUUUUCUAGUUGCAGCGGCGGGUUGAUGAGCGGUGCGAAUAUGAGCAUUAUAGGGCGCGCGGUUGUGACAAGAUUCUCCACACGUAUUACAAGUGAAAGUGCGUUGCGCAGCUUGCUUCUCGUGGGCUUUCAGGUGACGGCUCGCCUUCCCCGGAUUGAAUUUCCUACAAUCAGUGAAUAUGACCUAGUCUUAGUGUAAAGCUAAACUAACAAGAAAGUGUUACUCCGAUAAACUAUUGGUCUACAAUGAGCGUCUCAACAACUGGGUAGAUGGUUUGUUUUGAUGUUGAACAGAAGAAAAGAAUAGAUUUCAUUAUAUGGGUGCAAUCAUCCGCAAAAAACCAAUUCACUUAUGUGAUCAGUGAAAAGCGGAAUCGAUCAAGAAUAAACUAUUUAUGCCUUCAAAUAAUAAAUAACAAGCCGAAUGUAACUUUUAUAUUCUUCUGACUCUUAUAAACGAUGGAAUUAAUGAUAUUGUCUGUUUUGGUGAGCCUAAACAGCCUGUACAGUACUAUUUUUUAUUUUAAUGUUUUGCGUAAAUUUAGAUUGGAAGUGUGAACGUUACGUUUCCACAGUAAGUGCACUACUGCUUUUUAACCGUGUAGCUUGAAAGUAGAAUUGGCAUUUCAACGGUUCUACAGGGGAGAAGAUUCUCUCAUCUUCAGAGACCCAGCAAACGAUACACAUUUAGUUCCAACAACUGCGCGGAGUAUUUGAGGAAAAUGCGUUGGAUUUGUACGACUUACAUGCAGCUCACACUGGACCUCUGGUCUUUACAGGUUUUUUCUUCUGAGAACCCUACCUCGUAAAAUCGUCCUGCCCCAAGCUCAUAAUUAUAAUCCCGACUUACGUUCUUUUUUUUUCCUUUUAAAAAUUUAAAACUCACAUGGCAGACUUAGACUAGACGCAUAAGAUGCGACAAAAUAAACCCUCCACAUCGACCCACUGAUUGACUGACUAACUGAUUGAUUUAUUUAUUGUUUUGUUUGCUUGUUUUUUUGCACAGACAGUGGAUAAGUUGAAGAUCGAACUUGUGAAGAGCAACAUUAGCAUCAUUGCAAUUGAAGGUUUUGAAGAGCUCGGCGAUGUCAGUUUUCAGAUGGAAAAACUCAAGGUUAACUCAUAGUCAUCAAAUAUUCAUUAUAGUUAUUUCAGUUUUGCAUUUUCUGGCUCUACCUUGCCACUGCCUCUUAGCUUCUUCUCAAAUCUGGCGUCUUUUUCUGUUUUAAUUAGAGAUUGGAUGCUAGAAUAAUUAUCGGAGAGUUCAGCUACGUCGGUGCAAGGAACGUUUUUUGUGAAGUAAGUAAUGUGACAAAGCAGAGAAUGUGCUUCACAUUGAUUUCAAUUUUCAGUGUUCAAUGCUGACCUGACUUAUCACUUGACUCAUGACUCGUUGACUCUAGCCUGCGUUGCCGAGACGGACUUGUAACUAGAGUUCUCUAUCUGGGUCUCGAAUCGGGGAAAUAGACUGUCUGCAACGCAGGCUAGUUGACCCAUGUGACUAUUAAAACAAGAUUUCUCACAUUAAUGCCCACGAUUUAUCAUGUUUUGUCUUUCUCAGACCUUUCAACGGUAUAAAACGAAUAAGUAGAGAGCUAUGAUGUUUUAUCUUUUUUUCUGAAAAAACUAAAACCUUCAUUUAGCUGUGUUACAUAUAACUCUAACUCAUGAAAUUUUUAUAAUGCAGGCCUUCAAAAGGAAGAUGUAUGGACCUAAUUAUGCUUGGAUAAUAUUUGGUGAAUUCAGCCCUACAAAAAUUUUCGCUGAUGACCCGAAACUUCGAAACAGUGUUUUAAGUGACUGUUCAAGUGACGAGCUAAAGGAGGCAGCAGAUGGUUACAUUUCCACCAUCAAGCUGGACAUCCGUAAGGACAAUAACCAAACCAUAUCCGGCUUGGUACGUUGACUAGUACGUUGAUAAAGGACAUUAACUAUUGCGUAAACGUUUCCCUUGCUUUGCGGCACUGUAGCUUUGUUUGUUGAAUUGUGCUGGUACGAACACCAUCAUGUUACAUAAAUGCAUUGUUUCUUUGUUGGCACCACUUUUCGCUCAAAGGACGGUGAAAUGUUACCAAGAAGACUACCUUUUCAAGUUCUAGCUUUCUUUGCAGAACUUUCCCAAUAAAACACCAGUUCUGGGACGCCAUUUUUUUUUCAUGUUGUUGCCGUUAUCAUUAUCACAUUUAUAACGUUACUUUUUCAUGUUUCUUAAGACGUCUGAAAGAUUCUGGUGGCAGAUGAGGCAACUGAACGAGCACAACAAUCUGAGAAAGGACUCUGCGUACGCCUUCGAUUCAGCAUGGGUAGUAGCCAUGGCACUAGAUUCCGCUUUUGCUAAAGGGAUGAAAUAUGAGAAGCUUUUAAACCGAAAAUUCAAGCAAGUUGCAGCGAUAAGAAGUGGUAUUCAAAACAUAAACUUCGCGGGAUUAACUGUAAGUAUAAACUACGAUAACACGACAGAUUUUGAAUUAUGCGUUUUAUCAAUAACCAUUAUGCUACACUUUCUUUUAAGACAAAGAAACAGAAAAAUUGUUUUGCGUGCAGGCAAAAGUUGCUUUUAAAUAAUAAUAUUCCUCAGUUUUUCUCAAAGAUUCUAGUACAUUUAAGAUAGAAUUUGGCAUUUUUUGUUGCACAGGGGCCUGUAGGCUUUGAUGAAAACAGAGAAACAGUUGGAACAGUUCUUAUUAAGCAAAAUAGAGACGGUAAGCUGCUCUGUAAGGAUAAUAGUUUCUUGUAGUAAAAGUGCUUGGAAGAAGAAUUUCCUGUAAAAAUGACAAGAUGAGUUAUGAAUAAAUACAUUUGCAUCUGCAUUUGUCUCAAAAAAGGCACCAUUUUGUCAAAAUAGAAGUUGCAGUUGCAGUUGUCUCAAAAAAGGCUCCAUUUUGUCAAAAUAGAAGUUGCAGUUGCAGUUGUCUCCCAAAAUAACAAACACAUUGAAAAUACAUUAACUUACAGGACGUUACGAGAAGACUUGUAAUGUGCAUUUAAAAAAAAUUCUAUAAAAUAUUUUUGAUACAUAUUUUUUUCUCAUUGUAAUAUUUAUAAUCGUAGUUUCAGUUGAUUGCCAGCUCGUUAUGUGAAUAACAGGUAAGGUUUUUGUUGUCCUUUUUUAGGAAACGAAACUAGAAUUGGUCAACAUUUCACCUCCUCCGACGAACUCCAUCUAUUUGAAUCUGAGCGAAAUAAGAUAUGGGAAGGUAAUAAAUGUUUCCGUUGCACUUCAAUGUCUUAUCAAAAUAUCGAAAUUGCAGUCACUGAUGAUGACGACGAUAAUGAUGAUGUAAUGACAAUAAUGAUAAUGAUGAUGAUGAUAACAUUGACGUUGGUGAUUUAAUAGAUCUAUUUGUACCCAAUUAAAAUCUCCCGGGGAUAAGAUUCUUUGUGUAUUGCAUUUGCAUUGUAAUGUGGCAUUCACAUUUAAAUGAUAUGGAAAUUCCUGAAACAAAACGUUUUAUUCCCAAAGGGUUUGAAUUGGGUACAACAUUGAGUUAGCCGAAUAGGUAUAUGAAUAAUCGAUUAACAUGUCGGUAGAUUCUGUUGAAAAUAACCGAAGCUGAUAUAGUGUACACUCCCUCGAGUGCCUUUUUAUUAUUGAAGCGCCUUCCACUUGCCACGUCGUCUGGUGUCCUGUUUAGUUCCUUGAACAAUCUGCAACUCUAAUUACAUUCUAUAAUUUAUUCAUCUGAUGUUCAGUAUUCUUUGCUGUCUCUCCAGUUAAAUGUACACAUGAGUUUAGGACACAGUCCGUUCAGAGUCAACGAUAAUAUGCAUGAGCAUAUGGGCUCCCCCAAAUUUAGGACUACUCAGAUUUUUUGGGCAGCAAGGGAAAUUUGGGCAAAGUCAGUUUUUAAAGAUUCAAAAACCUACCAUGACAGCAGAGCUUUAAUGACCGCCAUUUGUGACUUGGAGUUUAUCUUCGGACUGUGUGUGCUGAAAGUAAUCCUGAGCAACAAUAGUAGUCUGUGCAAGGUUGGGAUUGUGAGAAUUCUGUCAGAUGUGCCAUUUUCUAGGGAGGGAGAGAUUUACUAGAUCUUACUAGACGUCGCUUAAACUCUCUCCAACUAAGUUUAUAACAUUGUUACUGGCCAAAGACGUUUCUGUUGCGUGCCCAUAUAUAGUACUACUCGAAUUUUGUUAGAAACGGCCUUUAUCUAUGGAUAAUCAGUUGCUGACCUGCAGCUUGAGCUGGGGCUAUGAACGCCUGCUACGGUGAGAUUUCUCUAAUUUCAAGCAUUGUUCUAAGCAAUUACUUAAUGCCAAAGUAAGCAGAGUAAAGGUCUCCAUUGUUCCAUGUUACAAGAAACGCGGUCGGGUGGUUUUGGUUUUGGACUCUUUUUGAUUUCAUCUUUUGCAUUCCUCCUUCAGACAAUCGACCACCGAAGGAUCACACCAGCAGAAAAAUUGAGCUGAUGAUGAGUCCCUUACCACUUAUCGUCAUAAUGUGGCUCAUGGCAGCGAUCGGCAUCAUCUGCUCGUUGAGCUUUCUAUAUUUUAACAUCAGUAAAGGUAAAAACAGGUAGGACUUUAACCUUGCUAUUUCUGACCUUUUCCAAUACAAAACAUAUUCUCAAGCAAAAGCCUUUUUGAAUUAUUUCCGAUCCCUAAUCUCAACUUGCAUUAAAUAUUGGAGCUCUUUGCCUACUUACAUCUUUUAUUUUCAUUUUGUCAGGAUAAUCAAGAUGUCGUCGCCUAAACUUAAUAAUAUUAUUAUUAUGGGAUGCAUCCUGUGCUACGCCUCCAUUGUUUUGUUAGGUUUGGAUGCGAGGUUUCUCGAUUUGCAAGGUUAUGGCAUCAACUGCAACGUAAGGAAAUUAAUUAUUAACGAGCAUGCUGUAUAAUGACAGAUUAGAAACAAUAGACAACUCCCAAAGCACAAACUCAGCCAAAACGCUAAAAAUCUUCAAUGUUUACUCAAAUUUGAGCUUAUAGAAAAUAAUGUCACAGUUUUUCAAUGACCAUGAAAUUCAGAGUGCGGGUAGUUAGUUAAUCAAUUGUGGCCCUGAAAAAAUUUGAAGGAAAAAAAACUACGAAUUUUUAAGAAAAUACUUUUUUCGUGAGAUUGACUCUUAAACGCAGACAAAAGUCAACAAAUAGCGAAAACUAUAAUUUCUAUAUGUUUACUUUGCUCGAAAUCGCGCGCAUUUACAAGGCCCUAAAGCGUUUUGCUGACUUGCAAGGACCCAUCUGUUAUAAGGAUGCCCAAAAUACAAAGAUGAAUCUCAUAGUUUAUUAGAUAUAAUCCGUGUAAAGUUUGCUUAUCAUUUUCGCAUAAAUUAUGACCCAAAUUUGGAAACCGCUGAAUUUCUCGAAUUGGGUCUUUGCGAUUUUGGUGAAACUCUGUUCAGCGCAAGGCACUAAUGCGCACUAUGUGUAGCCGAGAGAUUUUCACGAAAAAAUGCCGGCAACAGCAGAUUUUGGACUCAGACCUCAAAGGGGCGUGGCAUUAUAACCACGUGACAUUUACUCCGAUCGCCAAAAAUUUUAUGUUAUAUUGUAGAUUGAUCUAUAUGUUAUCCAUUCUAUGUGUUAUACUUACGAUAAAAGUAAAGGUGGGGAUACCAGAGAGCUUCAAAGUAGGAUGGUACCCCCUAAAAAAAACUGGGUCGAGUCACCUUAAAGUAAUCGCCAAUGCAUAAAAUGUAGUUAAAGCUUUAGAGUAUGUAUACUAACUUCUAUGAUGUUCUUAAUCGAAUGAAUCUUUAACGGGAAUAAUUUCGUAAAGCACUCUUUUCUGUUAUAUUAUAACAGGCUAUAAAGGAUCUUCAUCUCCUUGCUAUCGUAGCAGUAUUGUUAACAGUAGAUGUUAUUUUCUUGUCCUGUUGGAUUAUUAUCGACCCAUUCCAAGCUGAGGAAUUAAAAUUCGAAGAACUGGUAGGAGCUUUUGAGUCGUUUUAACUUUUCGCGUGAACUAUUGAUCACGAUAUAACCUUGGUGUUUAACAGCUUCAACUCCUUGAAAAAACUCGAAGGUCAUGUCAUCAUUAUUCGCUCUUGCCGGGGUACAAUAGGCUCGUAAAGCUCCAGCUUUGGACGCUCCUAUUGGAUUGUCUCUUUCUUCUUUCAUAAUUUCUUAGAAUGGAUAACCUUCCUACUGAGCUACGGCAGGCAAACUCUCUUGGGGCUUUCAGGGCUGGCUAAAACAGUUUUUUACUAUAGUUGUUUCUUGUUUUUUUUUGUUAAUUCCUGAUGGACUGACAGUGCUUAAGUAAACGUUUUCAUCUAUUUAUGUCAUUCAUUCAUUCAUUCAUUCAUUCAUUCCUUCGUUCAUUCAUUCAUUCAUUCAUCUACUCAUUCAUCUAGGCGUACCUUUGGAAUUUCCAAUGGUGAAGAAAUUACUUUCUCUUUCCCUCUUUGAUGCACGUGAGGCAUCUGCCAGUGGAAUUCCAAGCACAGAUCUCUGUGUUUCGGUUCUCAAUCCAAUCUACUAUUAUUCUUUAACACUGUUAAAUUAAUCUAUUUCUUUUUUUCCUUCAAACUGAAUUACCACUUAUUAGGCACCACAAAAGUAUUAAACUGGUGGAGUAAACUUCCUUGCAGCGGCGGCAAAUAUAUCGGGGAGCUGGUCUGACUUUAGGCAAAGGUGCUUACAAUCUUAGAUCUGAUAGUGGAGUAUAGGUGACCACGCCCUCCUUUAAGACUAACUCCAGGAAACAGAUCUAAUCAAGUCCAGCUCCAAAGCACGCCAUUGCAGAUGUUAAUUCUUUGGUUAAUUUACAAUAACUUAGUUGGCUCUAACUCUUUCCUUACCAAACUUGGCCUGAAAGUACAAAAUAUCCAGCCAAUCAAAUGGUGGUUUCUUGGUGUUGCGGACACCAAUGACGUAAUACAAAAGAUUGAAGAGACACUGAACAAUACCCACACCACAACACAAAAGCUAACAAACAAUAGUUUCCGCAGCACCAAGAAACACCCAAUCAAAUGGACAUGUAUUUUGCCAUCAAAAUGUCAAAAUAUGACGUCACAAUUGCGCACGUUAUUCAUACUUAAAUUGUAAACUUUAGAAUCUUACCAUUUUUUUAUAUCAAUUUUAAAAGAGCUAUAUCAAGAAGAGAUGAAACCUGCAAAAAAAAUUGCAAUAUCUUAUAUAUGAGCCGAGAUAUGACAUUUCAAUUUGGAUAAAUUUGUACUACAAAGUAAAAUAAGUCUUAAUUUAAGCGUUUCAUUGUCGUGUCACCAUUACCAUUUAAUAUAAACAUAAGACAUCUUUAUCUUCGAAAGCUAAAGGAAAAAGAAAAUUUUGAAAAACGAAAUUCCUAACUGCACAAAAACCAAGAAAGCAGUUUUGCGACGUCAUUAAAAUGUCAAAAUCAAAGGGUUCUUUUUUUAAGGAAAAAUAUGGUUCCGGGUGCACUGAAAUAUCUUUAUUAAAAUCCCAUAACUCGAUUUCUACGUGUCGUAGCGAGAAACAGUUUUCAGCGUAGAUAUAAGGGCGCUUUCCACUUGUCAGAACUUACCGGCCAGACCAUUCCCGUCGCACUAAUAAUCUCACUUUUAAUCAAAACUCUCCUGCUAGAUCAGUCAAAUCCUAAAUAGUAUGCACGAAGGAGAACAUUUUUCAGCAAAAACUCUUGGAAAAAGCCUAUUUCAUUUUUAAACUGACUUGUCCGGCCAUGGUCCAUCCGGCCAGUUUUGACAAAUGCAAAGCGCCCUAAGUUUGACUGUGAAAUUAAAAAAUUCAUUUAGCCAAUUUUGGUGACGUCAGUCCUUAUGACGUCAUAAUUUGACAUUUUGUGUCAAACAAAACAAAAAUUACCUGUUCAACAAUCGAAGUCUAUCUGGCACGACUGGUCAAGAAAUGUAAAAGUUACGUAAAUUUAGCCUAAAUGACCGAUUUGAGGGGUGGUUUGGCCCUAGCGUAAUUAAUGUUACGAUAUCAAGUUAUAUUGUAGUUUUUUUCAUCAAAUUCGAUAGCUUUUUACUUAUAUUAAUUGAAAUUAUUUCGUGACUAGCCAGCGGUCACCAAUGAUGUUACAUAAUAUUGCCCAAAUAUAAAAUGGCAAAUCGUUUCCAGGCGGGAGUGAACUCAACAAAGUGACCAAAGUGUUCAUUGCUAUCCGUAGACAAAAAAAGUCGAAAUUCUGACUAAAUCUGAAGUGAAGAAAUGCAAGAGUACACAAAAACAUAUUGGUCGAUGAAUGUCAUCUACUUUUUUGAGUAGUAUCUGCGACAAAAAACAUCUGUUUAUGUACUAAAGCCGUACGACGAACAGGCAAAUGUUUUGAAGAAAGUAUAGACGGAGAUAGGGUUGGUAAGAACUUAGAAAUAUUUUGAAUGAAUAACACAAGAAUUACCGUGAAAUUCCCAAAAUAAGCCCGGGGCUUAUAUUUUUCAAAGACCCUUUUUGAGGGGCUUAUUUUUGGAGGGGCUUAUAUUCGGAGGGGCUUAUCUACGGAGGGAAAUUUGCGUUUCAAAAUCGAUUGGGCUAGCCUUAUAGUUGGCAGUAAAUUUACUUUGUUGUUGAGGGCAAUUCUGCAAGUACAAGCCCCCGGAGAGGGGGGGUUAUAUUUGGAGGGGCGAUUUAACGGAGGUUUUUUGCGUUACCGGUUUGGUGGGGCUUAUACUUGGAGGGGCUUAUACAUGGAGGGGCUUAUUUUCGGAAUUUUACGGUAUUGAACUUGGCUUUCGUCUGAUAUGAGAAAUUAUGCAGAUCUCGGCCUCGGUGGAUAAUUGAUAACACCCUCCUCGAUCUACAUAAUUCCUCGUAUACAGUCAACUCCCUCUAAGACGGCUUCUUUGGGACCAGCACUAAGUGUCUAAGUGUCUUAUAGAGAGUCAAAUAAAGGGAGUAAAGAAAGGCAGGGACCAACUCUAGGCGUCCGUUGUAGGGAGGCGUCCGUCUUAUAGAGGUGUCCGUUAAGAGAGAGUCGACUGUAAUACUAAACCUAAUUCAACAAUUGUUUAUUGUGAGAUAUUCAAUUGAAUUAUAUUAUCUGCAUACCGAUGUUUGUAAACUGCAUGAUAUCUAAUUCUAUUACUGCGCUACUUUCGUUUAUAUCUACAGUACGUUGCAAUGCAUGCAUAAUCGUUCAAUUGAAGCAAUUAGUUAUUGAUUAAAAAGUUAUUAGAGGCGCAAAUUAGUUAUAACUCAUGUUUAUCCCCCACCCAAUGCAAUCUUCAAAAGCAGACGGUCUGUCAUUUCACUAGCUACAAGAUAUCUCAAGCAAAACUGUGUGUGUAACAAACUGAUUUUACUUUUUAGUGAACGAAGUAAUGUUCAAGUGCCGAGGCUUCGGCGCAGAUGACAUACCGUAUGAAAUACGCAUGGACGACAUCCAUUUAGACGAAACAAUGAUGGUAGAAUUUAGCCCCCGUUCCUGUGAGACUGUUCAAAAAUAGCUACCACACUGGAGAUCCAAGCGGCUUUAAAUGAGAUAGUAUAAAACGUCUACUAUUCGUAGUUCAACUUCUACACAUUUCUCACAGCUUGUAUUCCGUUAUACUGAAACAUAAGGAAAUAAAUAGCCCAUAUCUCAACAUGUGUUGGUCCCGGCAUACGCCCUAGUUCUUUCAUUAAGGUCAACUUUGCAGUUUGAUAUGCCCAAGAAAUUGCAGAGUACAAUUCCGCCUAGGGCAUUUCGGAGCUUGAAAACCCU